AUGUCUCAAUCGUGGCGCGUCGUGUCGCUCGGUUCCAGCGUCGCUGUCGCUUUACCGUUGCUACUUCUACUGAGUGCUAGCAGUGGCAACGCAAACCCAAUUUUUGGUUUGCUCGAUGCCUUAAAUCCCACGGACGCCUUUAACGGUACAUCGCUCCUGGGAGCCCUCGCGUUAGCACAUAUCGAACACUCCGUGGACAAGCUCAACGCGUUUGCACAACUGGUGGAACUAUUCGCUAACGCCAGCGAGACAGCUAUACUCGGAGGCUAA